AUGUCGCAGAAGAUCAAGGUCACUGGCACCGUCGUGGAGCUUGACGGGGACGAGAUGACGCGGGUGAUUUGGACGAUGAUCAAGGAGGAACUCAUUUUUCCAUUUCUCGAGCUUCCCAUUGAAUACUACGAUCUUUCGAUUGAAAACCGAGACAAAACAAAUGACCAAGUCACCGUUGACGCCGCACACGCCAUUCAGAAGCACGGCGUUGGCGUGAAGUGCGCCACAAUCACCCCGGACGAGGCUCGCGUAAAGGAGUUUAAUCUUAAGCAGAUGUGGAAAAGCCCAAAUGGCACAAUUCGAAACAUUCUGGGCGGCACCGUUUUUCGUGAACCCAUUAUGUGUAAAAACAUUCCGCGCCUGGUGACAACCUGGAAGUACCCCAUUGUUAUUGGGCGUCACGCCUUCGGUGACCAGUACAGGGCGACUGACGUGGUUGUUGACGGGGCGGGAACCUUUGAACUGCGCUUUGUUCCUGCCGACGGUGGUGAGCCACAGGUGCACAAGGUGUAUGACUUCAAAUCCGGUGGUGUCAUGAUGGGAAUGUACAACACCGAUGAAAGCAUUAAGGAUUUUGCAAAGAGCUGCUUCGAGUACGCCCUCUCCAAGCGGUGGCCGCUGUACUUGUCCACGAAGAACACAAUUUUAAAACGUUACGACGGCCGCUUCAAGGACAUUUUUGCGGAAUUGUACGCAACGACAUACGCGGAGAAGUACAAGGAGGCCGGUAUUUGGUACGAGCAUCGCCUCAUUGACGACAUGGUUGCAUACGUCAUGAAGAGCGAGGGUGGGUAUGUGUGGGCCUGCAAGAACUACGAUGGCGACGUCCAGUCGGACACCGUUGCCCAAGGGUUUGGAUCGCUUGGCCUCAUGACCUCCGUUCUCAUGACUCCGGAUGGCCGCGUCGUUGAGUCGGAGGCUGCCCACGGCACCGUGACUCGUCACUACCGGCAGCAUCAGCAGAGAGAGGAGACGAGCACAAACCCGGUGGCGUCUAUCUUUGCCUGGACGCGAGGGCUCAUGCACCGUGGCCAACUGGACCACAACGGAAAGCUUGUCAAUUUCGCCAUGCUCCUAGAGAAGGUUGUUGUGUCGACCAUUGAGGCGGGAUACAUGACGAAGGAUCUUGCGAUUUGCAUUAAGGGCAUGCGCCACGUCACUCGCAGUGACUACUUGAACACCCACGAAUUUAUCUCUAAGCUCUCCGAAGAGAUGCGUCACGCGUACGAGGUCAGCAAGAUCUAA